CCGACACCAGAACCCGGAUUUCUGAGACGCACGGCCUUGGCUUGAAGCUGCAGCUGGCUUCUGCCUGACCCUCUCUCAACUCGGGUUCGAACUUCAGACGAGUCCGGCACGGCGCCUGUCCCUGUUUAGCUGGGCCUCGAAUGCAAGCGACCGCGAGCCUCAGCUAAGCGAAGGAAAACAAAAACAUGAAUCAGCAACCGGAUCUCUACUUCCCCGCCUAUGCGAUGAGCGCCUCAAACCGUUCUCCCCGUUCCUCCAGGCCGGGAUACAACACCACUACCGGUCAUCCCGGCAUCAACCGUUUGGAGCAGCGGCAGAUGGAUCCCGCUAGCCAAGCGCCUACGGGCCUCUUUUCGACGGACGAUCGGUUCGGCUCGUACGACAGCAACGCCUUCAGGCACAACCGGCUACAGCCCUCUCCGGGCUUUGCCGCGGACAACUUUGUGGGAAAUUCCCAAGCAUGGGCCUACAACUCCGGCGCAAGCACCGUGACUGGGGCGCUAGGCGAGGGGAGGCUCCGUGCAGGCGCUCGUCGAGCACUUCCCCAAGAGUGGACUAUGCCCGAGCAACCUGGUCUUGGAAGCCAGUCGCUUCCCCCCGUUCCUUCGAGCCAGUAUCCUACCGUGGGUAGUUUCAACCCCAGCAUGGGCCUCAUGAACGGCGACGGAGGGUUUCAUCCCGAACGGCAUGGCUACACGUCCAACAUGUACGAUCCUCGCCCUGAACCAAAAACGCUGGGCAGCGACUUGAUUCCGACCGCCAUCGUCAUCAAGAACAUCCCGUUCAACGUGAGGAAGGAGAUGCUGACCAGCAUCAUGUCCGAGCUGGGGCUGCCGCAACCGUACGCAUUCAAUUAUCAUUUCGACAACGGAAUUUUUCGCGGCCUUGCCUUUGCCAACUUCCAGAGCCCGAUCGACACGCAAACCGUUAUUGAGCAGCUGAACGGAUACGAGGUGCAGGGCAGGAAGCUGCGGGUUGAGUAUAAAAAGAUGCUGCCUGAGCAUGAAAGAGAGAGGAUCGAGCGGGAGAAGCGGGAAAAGCGCGGCCAGCUUGAGGAGCAGCAUCAGCCGCUGCCUCUACACUCUCAAUCCUCAAUGCAUUCGCUGAAUGCCGCACAAACCUCACGGUCGCGAAACUCGCCGCUGCGGGACGUGGAUUUGAACAAUCCAGAUACGCUCAGCUUCUACACUGAGUUAAUGCUGUUCAAAAACGAUCCAAACCGCGAAAUCAUUGUCUUCCCAAGCACCAUCACUCCCCAGCAGCGGCGCACCGUUCACAUUCUGGCCCACAACAUGGGCCUUGAGCAUCGGUCCGUGGGCGAGGGACAGCACAGGCAGAUCCAUGUCCUUAAGGAUACAGGUGCCGCGCCAGCCAUUCACAUGCCUCCAGGUGUCUCUGCCGAUGCUCACCGUCGGGGUCUGAGCCGCGCCGCCACCAUCGACUUCGCCGAGACGCGCAGUAAUGCACCUGGACAAUACAACACUCUCGGAAGGCAAGGCCGUCACGGUCCGACUCUGGAGAUUCCCGACAGUCCCGACGGCGGUCUGAAUGCGUUGCGCGGCGUCAAGUCGUUUGCUGAUCUUCGAUCUUACACACCGAGCCCUUCCUUGUCCACCGCGUCGGGAUACCCUCAAGGAAGCAGUGUACACGCCCCGAAUGUGGCUCAGUAUGGCGAGUACAGCGCCAGCCUCGGUCAGCCCAGUGCCCUCACGACCCCGACGACUCCAGGCACCGCAUCCAAUAACGAUCCAUCCAUGCUGAUCAAUGAGCUCGGCUCGCUGAACCUUAACGAAGGGCCCUUCAAUGGCAACCGGCUUCGGCCUCGCGAGACCCCGGGCGCGAUCGGAAGCCAACGCCCCGGCUUGAACGGCACUAGCACGCGCAGCGUGCCUGAACGUCAGCCCCACGGGCCUGGCAGUGAAUGGGGCGAGAAGAUUGGCUUUGGGGGCCGAGGCCGAACAAAUGGUCAUAUGCAGCGAAGCAGUGACUCGUCUGACAACGGCGUGCGUACCACGCCCUCUUCGGCAUCGAGGUUCCAGUAGUGUGGAUUUCCGUCGUAUCCCAUGCUGCAGCAACCAUAUCCGGUGACACCGACCCCGAAUCCGCAAGAGCCCCCAGGUCCGGGUUCUUUCGGCCCUGCGUCAGCAUGCUCGCACUUGUUCGUCACCCUCCUUCGCGCAAUCCCGAGAUGACUACACACAACCUCCCGCGACCGGAGCCGUAUGCACACGACGCGUAAGAGGGGUCGUGGUACAGUCGAACGGCAUUC